AUGGUCGCCUGUACCUAUCAAGAUGCGUCUUCGUACGCCCCAGUCUUUCCAUCUCCUCUCAACCCUACGAACCAUGGACCUGAGAACAAAUAUGCCACGGCUUCAGGACGCAUUGUGCGCCGAAGAAGAAGUAGACAGGGUCGACGAGGACCUCCUGGAUCACACACUCUCACUCAACGACUCCUCCGCGUAAAGGCAGCGGAUGCUUGGAGAGGACAUGUUCUGAGUGCUCAGGUUGCUCAGUAUGAAUACGCUGAAGCUGCUAUCAUGGGAUAUAAAUCACCACCAAAGAGCCGAAACUGUCUGUCUUCAAUGCCCAGCCUCAAGAACCUCGGCCUCAACUUCUCACUCUCCGACGCUCACCGAAUCGCCAGCAGCAUCCGUCUUCCAGAUCUCACAUGUCUCAGGACAAGACGCAUGCUGCUCGCCAUGGGUCUCGUCGGCCUUCUCCCCGCUCUCAAGGUCCGCGAUAUGCUCAGAGCAGCUGAGACAUUAUGA